AGUCCAAGUCAACGAAAUUAUUUUUUUAAAUUUCAUUCUAACAACGAAAUUCUUACAGAAAUUUGAAAUGUUGAAAUAAAGUACUAAGUUUCCAAAAGCUUUAAAUCUAGUGUACACAGCAUUUACAAAUGACCUGAUAAAAAGUUGUAAACUAACAGGUUAUCGUUAUAAAUAAACGCACAAAUUACCAAUGGCACCGCACCAGCACCAGCAGCGCAAACCUUGGCGCAAGAACCUGUACGAAAAUGCCGACUACGAGGACAACUACACGGAUCCGAGCUUCCUGCAGGAGCUGAAAACCAACGCCAACCUCCAGACGUACACACUUCCGGAAGCAUUCCUGGGCGCCACCCGGCUGAGCCAGCAAAUUUCCAUCGUCGCCAGUUUUCUGAUCGUGUUUCACUAUCUGUACACGGACACCCUCAAACCGCAAAGCAUUCUCGGGCAGGCCAUCUUCGGAACCGUCGUCGGUUAUCUCAUCUAUGCCGGCCGAAGUCUCCGGCUUGGCACCGUCAUAGAGGACUUUAAAACGGCCGCAGCCGUGCUGGUGUUUGGCUACAUCUUCUCCCCGCUGCUGCACACCCUCACGGACAGUGUCAGCACGGACACGAUCUUCUCGAUGACCUUCCUGGUGCUGAUGCUCCACCUGAUCUUCUACGAUUACGGCGUUCCGGCGGCCAUCGUCUCCAAAGCGAUUUCCCUCAACGCCGCCAUCUUCGGUGCGAUCUGCCUGGCCUCGCGACUGUCCUCGCCGUUUCACGCCUUUGUUUUGCUGGAAGUGGCCGCCGUUUACUUUGCCCUGGGGCCGAUCCUGUUGGCAAAGAUCCGCAGUGUUCCGCUGCUAGUGGCCACCGUUGGUGUGUGCUGUUACCUGCUGCUGCAACUCUCGAUGACCAUCUUUUGGACGUACGUUUGCGUGUUGGCGUUCGUGAACGGAUUCUGUCCGCUGCUGUUUGUGCGGUUGCAGCGGCACAAGAACAACAUUCACGGACCGUGGGACGAAGCGAUCGUCAGUGACUUCCGGGAGGAGAAUGGUAGCGCUAGCAGUAUUUGAAUGUUUUGUACGUGUCAGGAGUGUUCUAGUCUUUUAGUUAAAUUAAAAAUAUAGAAGCAUAACGUGCGUGUGUGUGCGUGUGUGUGCAACCAACCAAACGGGACCACGCGGUCGCUUCUUACAAAUUGAGUUGUUUCCAUGUAUUUUUAGAUCUUCAUUCUAUACAUGCAAAUAACUCGCAUAGGCAUUUGGAAGGUGUUAGCUCUGCCGAGCUUCGGAGACCCAUUUCUACUUCUACGCUGGCUAGCCGAGCGCGAGGUACCUCAGCUUUUAUCGACAAGCCCCGCCCUGAAGAACGUUUGCACCAAUCGGGUUCAAACGUUAUUUAGAACUUCCGAACCCUUGUCAAAUGGACAAGGACCCAGCGCGUAUAUAGUUGAUAGCAACAGUAUUCCUAAUUCCAUUCAUAGCUCACCAAGCCGUGAUGGCCUAGUGGUUAGCAUUUUUGUUUACCAAUCCAAAGGACGGGGGAUCGAACCCCGACUCAGGCGACUUUGAUUUUUCGUUCAUGUUCAGAGUUUCAAGAUUAAUAUUUCCUAUACUUUCUCGUUGGGAGCAGAUGGGAAUCGAACCCAGGACCAUUCGCUUAGAAAGCGAACACCGUAACCAGUCAGCCACGGCCGCUUUUUUUAAAAAUAUAGAAGCAUAACGUCUCAAUAUUAUUUUAAAAUAUAGUUUGAAAUGUAGAAAAUUCUUAA